AUGAGUCCCGACACAGCUCAAGUUGUCUCUCGCAAGAAAAGGCGAGGGAUUAUUGAAAAAAGGCGCCGAGAUCGCAUCAACAACUGCCUUAUGGAGCUGCGUCGUCUCGUUCCUGAGGCUUUUGAGAAGCAGGUGAGAAGAAAUGGGUUCUGCCAAAUUGAGAAAGCUGAAAUCCUACAAAUGACUGUCGACCAUCUGCGCCAUCUUCAUCAAACUAGAGAUCCAAGAGUUGGGAUGCCUAUACACACACACACAACAAAACAUUCCAUAGUAACAAGAUCACUCUCUUUUGUCUCUAUUCAUUCACAGGAUUUCUCUGUCCUCUCUCAGCUUAUGCUAACACCACGAGCUUUUCUUGAUUAUCGUGUUUGUUAGGGUUUUCGUGAGUGUGUUGCUGAGGUGGCUCGUUACAUGACUAACGUCGAGGGACUAGAUAUGAAAGACCCCAUGAGGUUUGUCUUCUCAACCACUUGGAGAACUACCUUUGCUCAGCGUGAGUUGGCCAUCAAUGCAGCUGUUGCUGCAAGGAUUUUAGACAAACUUCUUAUAUCACCUGAAAUAGAACGAGAACAGUCUCCACCUACUUUACAAUGGAUAGAAGGCAACAUUGUUGACAUGGCUAAUGAUGAUGUAGGUGAUACAGUGAUGGAGAAGACGACGGAG